CAGCCAAGCCUCGUUAUGAAUACAAAAAUUGAACAAGCGUUAGGAUGAUCCAGACUAUGGAAAUGACAUGACAGUACGGCCGUCACCACGGUGUAGAGUGGCAGACAAAUGGGGUAACCAGUUUACAAAUUUGUGUGACAAAUACCGAAGUUGUUCAGCUCUCCUGAGAUCAAGACUAUGAACAGAUUGAUGUUAAGACAAUGAACAGAUAGACUCAGAAUAAGAUUGUCAGUGUGAACAUUAAGACUGCUGAGAAUAAGAUUGUGAACAGAUAGACUUAGAAUAAGAUUGUGAACAGAUAGGCUGAGAUUAAGAUUGUCGAUGUAAACAGAUAGACUGCCACCAUGACAAUGAUGUCUGUGACUUUCGAGGUGAUGUUCCGAGUGGAAGUGGAGGUGGAGAAAGACGAGGUGGUGUGUGUGGUGGGAGACUGUGACUGCCUUGGGAACUGGGAUCCUCAUCACGCGGUGGUGCUCUCGCGCGAGUCCACCAGCCCAGGGCCUUGUAGGAGGAACAAGCAAGCAGAGGAUGGAUGUGAGGCAGGAAAACAAGCUUCAUGUGAUAUAUGGAGAAAGAAAGUGAAGUUGUGCGGAAUGAAGAAUUACAGCUACAGAUACUUUGUUUGUCAACUGAGGGAAUCGGAUAGUGAAUUAACAGAGAGAUUUGUGAAGGUCAUUCGAUGGGAAACAAACAUCGCACCAAGGGUUUUCUCUCCUUCAGAGUAUAUGAAGAAUCCGAAGCAAUAUGAUGCAGAUGUAGAAGUAUUUGGGAAGUUUGGUAGAACAACCCUUGUAUCAAAAGGAUGGUUGACAGAUGAAUCAGAAAUACAUAUCCGAAUCCAUGAUAAUCCAAUUCGUAUGUGGAAGCCUAAAUAUAGGAAGCAGACUUACAGAAUUAAGUGCACCCCACUCGAUCAACGAUACAAAGAUCAUUUAGAUGAAGACGAAGAGGAAGACGAGUGGGGGACCCAUGUGGCUCCACCCUCCACCUUCACUAAAGUGCUAGUCUCUACUUUAGAUGAGAGGAACAUUAACCACUGUGUUCAGCAUCAGAGUGGAGCAAUCAUCAGACCGACAGGGUACAUGAUCUUCACGGCAGAGACGCUGGAACCAGAGAGUUUGGGCUUCCAGUUUGAUUUUUAUGUCCAUGAAGAGGAAGUGGAGCCAAAACAUGUAGGCUACUGCUACCUGCUGCCAUUGGAUCUGAAAAAAUCCAACGAUACCAAGACAGUGCCAAUCACGGGACUUCACCACAAACCUAUAGGACAGAUAGUCUUGGAUUAUCUUAUUGUGAAACCAGUACUUGGUUUAGAUCUGAAAAUGGAUGUGAGCUACCAGAACUAUUGGAAGGUUCAGCGCAAGUCCUUGGAUGUAGGUCACCGUGGAAUGGGUUCGUCAUACAAGCACAAAAAGUUAGCAACUGUUCGGGAAAACACUGUACAAUCUCUACAGGAUGCAGCAAGCCAUGGGGCUGACUUUGUGGAAUUUGAUGUCCAGCUGAGCAAAGACCUCAUUCCUGUUAUCUAUCAUGAUUUUCAUGUCGCCAUUACAUACAGGAAGAAAAAACGAGAAGAGCUUGAAUUGUACCAAGCCUCUGUCAAAGAUCUGAGUUUAGCAGAACUUCAGUCUAUGAAGUUGGCACACACCUCUAGAAUCUCAGACAACAACAGGGAUGACAUACACGAUGACGAUGUAGAUCCCUCAGAUUUACAACCAUUUCCGACACUGGAGAGAGUAUUUGAAGCUGUUAACCCAACAACAGGAUUCAACGUGGAAAUUAAAUAUCCGCUGGAGAAAGUGGAUGGAAAGGUUGAGGAAACCAAUUUCUGUGACAGAAACAAGUAUGUUGAUAUCAUACUGAGGGUGGUCAUGCGGUCAGCAGGUCAUCGACGGGUCGUCUUCUCCAGUUUUGAUCCAGACAUAUGCAUUCUAUUGCAGAGAAAGCAGAAUAAAUUCCCAACGCUUUUGCUCACGAAUGGAGAGGAUGUAGACAAAUAUGUUCCAUAUGUUGAUUUGAGAACCAGAUCUAUCGACAUAGCGAUUCACUUUGCUGAAUUCUCCAAUAUCUUGGGAAUUGAUGUUCUCACCUCAACCCUGUUUCGAAAUAUGGAGAAGAUUGAUAAAGUGAAAGAAGCCAAGCUGAUUUUGUUUUGCUGGGGAGAAGACAACAAUGAUUGUAAUGCUAUUAACACACUGAAGCAAAAGGGAGUGGAUGGAAUCAUUUAUGAUAGAAUUGAUUUCUUCAAAGCUGGAAAGAAAAGUGUGUUUCAAGUGGAAAAAGAACAGACAGAAAAAAUACUUAAAAAUGCCGGUCUUCUGAGUCCUACCGCAGGACCUUCUGUAAUGGACUUAUCAUCCGGAUCAGAACAAGAGAAUGGAACAACGAUUCUGCAUAUAGCUGUUGCAAACAAUCAUACAGACAUUGUGAAACUGCUUUUGGGUGCCCACGCUGACGUGAAUAAGGCUAACAAUCAAGGCAGAACGGCUUUACAUAUUGCUUCAAGAUCAGGAAAUGCUGAAAUUGUCCAACUGUUGAUUGAUGCUGGAUCAGAUGUUGAUGCCACAACCAAGGAUUGUAGGACGGCUUUACAUACUGCCACAUGGAGAGGAAAUACCGAGGUAGUUCAACACCUAGUGGAGGCCCAUGCUGAUGUCAACAUUCACGAUGGUGAUAGUUGGACUCCAUUGUUUUGGGCAGCAAAAUUAAACUACAGACGAAUAACACAACUUUUAGUGGAGCGAGGAGCCGAUUUAAAUCACCGCAUUGUCAACAAGGAAUACACAGCUUUGCAUGAAGCACUACGCAAUGGACACAUAGGUCUAUCUAAGUAUUUGAUUCAUGAAGGAGCUGAUGUCAACAUGAAAGCCAAGAAUGAUGGAGCAUUAGAACUGCUUUUAAAAAUUCAACACCUGGACCCAACUGUGUUCACAGACAUGAUGGACUUCUGUUUACUUCACGGAUAUAAACUCUCCCGGGAAUCAAUAACGGAGAAAGUGUCGUUUGUGAAAACGUUACAAAACUGUGAACAAAUUCAAACCUGGCUCCAGAGGACAAUGGAAACAGUACCGACACUGUCAAACAUUUGCAGGAAUUUCAUAAGGCAGCAACUUUUAUUUUGUAAGAAAACACAUAUCCAUAAAAGCAUUGAACAUUUACCCCUGCCACCGCUGCUUAAAGACUAUUUGGCAUUUAAAGGUGAAGAAUGUGAAUCAUUAUUGAAAAUUUCAUUUUGAAUGUUAGUAUUCAUAUGAUGCAGUUGGUGUUCAUUUUUCUGAUAGGCUGAAACAACAUGUAACUCCUGAAAAGAAAGUACAGCAUUUGCUGCACAGUUGUAUACGCAAGAAUAUAUUUUAAUAAAUCGUUAUAUUUACA